CAAUAGCCGGUAGCCGGUGUUGAACUCAGGGUUUGGCGGUGGCGACGCGCAUCAUGCUGGAGAACAGAGGCGCAGAGCAACACGUGGUGCGAAAGUCGAGGCAUGGGUGCCAUCAGUUCCCAGGUGCUACGCGCCCCACUCACCCGCGCCGCGUCUACCAGGGUGUGCGUGUCCGCAACACCGUCAAGGAGCUACUGGCCGCCGUGCGGGAGGAGGGCGGCCACCUCGGCAGGGCCCCGGGGGGCCAUCGGAAGGCCCACACGGCGGCCACGCGCCCACCGCACCGCCACGUGGCGCAAGAUUCUCUGAAUUACUGCGCCGACUUCCGAGACCUGCCCACCCCAUCGGCUGCCCACUGCCCCCACCACCCUCACCACCAGCCUCACCACCAGCCUCACCACCAGCCUCACCACGCUCACCACCCGGGCGGGGGGGCCACCACGGCCGAGGGGGCCGUUGUACGGAACCCCGCCGUGCCACGGGGGGACGCCCGGACUCACGCCCACCCACUACGCCGACUGCCUGCCUCCAGAGAUCGCCUUCCAGUACUGCGAGCAGCCUGCGGCCUACAUAGGCGAGUUCGGCCUGCUGGAGUCAGCGGGGACCUCCCUACGGUCUCUCGCAGUUCCCGGCCUUCCACUCGGCCAAUCUCGACCACCUCCAAGGGCUGGACAACAACCACAACCACCACCACCACAACAGCCACCACAACCACCACCACCACCUCGCCCACAACCUGCACAGUCUCCACCAGGAGGGGCCCAUCAACAGCGGAACCACCUACACGGCGCGCGUCUUCGAGGCUCCCCUGUACAGCGCGUCCGCCCGAGGGGUCGGCCUGGGGGGCCCCCCCUACGCCGGGUUCGAGGGCUUCCUGAGUGGGGGGGGGCCCUCCGCCUACAGCCCCCAGGGGGAGGUCCACGAAGGCCUCCUGGACCUGAGCGUCGGCCACGUGGACGCGGGCAGGGAGACACUGCCAGAGGGCUACAUCUUUGGAGCGAUCAGCACCGGCUAUGGCUUCAUGGGGGUCGAAGGUCAGAGCUCGCCAGACCAUCCCGGCGAAUCAGCGGAGGAGGAGUGGAUACUCGGGUCAACCAGGACGCAGCAGCAGCCGCCACCUCCUCCACCUCCUCAUCCACCUCCUCAUCCACCUCCUCAUUGAGCGAGGGUUCUCCUGUCAGGGCGUCGGCCGCAGCAGCUGCAGAAUAAGAUGCACGGCUGCUGUCAUCAGCAGCAGCAGAAGCAGCAAACCCGACGAGCACAACUAUCAUCAUCAGCAGCAGCAGCAGCAGCUGCUACAUCAGACGCACAAACAACAUCAGCAGCAGCAGCAGAAUCGGGACCAGCAGCUGCAUUAGGCGCACUAUUAUGGUGCUGUUGAUUAUGGUGGUGGUGGUGAUAAUGGUGGUGGUGUUGAUGAUGGUGCUGUUGGUGAUGACAACGAUGGUGGUAACGAUGACGGUGGCGGUGGUGCUGACGCAUCAUCCGACAGUUUUGUUGUCCCCCCCCCCGCACCUCCAAUUAGCACGGUUGGCUACGUACGAUGGUGCGAAAGAGGUUCAACGCACACUGAACAUGUAGCAACAACUGCCACCAUCUACUGUCAAGAUGCACAUCCACUGUGAACCCCACUGGAUGAACUCCAGAUAUGACACUCUCCCAUUGUAGGCAUCGAAACCACUGAACCCCAGAGGAUGAAUUCCAUAUACAACACUCCGCCCAUUUUAGAUAUCUAAACCACUGUGAACUUCAGAUAUAAAUUCCAUAUACAACACUCCGCCCAUUUUAGAUAUCCAAACCACUGUGAACUCCAGAUAUGAAUUCCAUAUACAACACUCCGCCUAUUUUAGAUAUCCAAACCACUGUGAACCCCACUGGAUGAACUCCAGAUGACAUAUACUUCCCUAUGGCGUUUAUGAAUUUAAAAGUAAUAAUUAUUUUUUCUAAAGUUAUUUUACGAUUGUUAAUUAAUUCACAUUUCGGGAUGUUUACUUGUGGGGUUAAAGACGUGUGUGUGUGCGUGCGUGCGUUGGGUAGAGUGGGUGCAUAAAGUCUUAAAAGAUGUUUUAGAUAUACUUUUUAAAAAUAUAUAUUGUGGUGGAAGCUCAAAGGAGCAAGCCCCUGCAGUUGCCUGUCUGACGAGGGCAGCAGCAGCGGGGGGUGGUGGUGGUGGUGACGGUGGUGACGGUAGUUCUUCUGUGUACAUAACAGGGUGUGUGAGAGAUUCUUGAAGAGGGCGUGCGAGUUACCGACACUUUACCCCCACCACACGUGGCCUGACCGAGCGUAGACUUCUUUUACACACAUUACUACACAUGCAGCGUCUCGCUUGACAACUGAGAUAGGUUCUGCAAACAAUUUGCUCGUUUACACCAUUGGAACCUCAUUUGCCAGUAAAAAAAUAUGAUAAUUGUUUUUUUUACCCUUCUA